AUGGCUUUACUAAAUGUCGAGAUUUUUGACGCCAAGAAACCGUCUCGUUCGAUCGCCGUACUUGAAAAUCCUUCAAUUUCCGUAGAAAGACAACAGCUUCGUCUGACUGCUGCUGGUAAAGGAGUCAGUGAUUCAGUGGUGUUGAGCAGUUUAAAUCUGCCUUUUGAGGGCGCUAAUCUUUUCCUUCGUGACUUGGGACCGCAGAUUGGUUGGCAGACGGUUUUCCUUGCUGAAUACGCCGGACCUCUUCUUAUUUACCCUCUGUUUUAUUUGCGACCUGCAUGGCUUUAUGGAGAAGGUUCCUCGGUUGUCACGUUCCCUGUUAGACUGGCUUUGAUAUGUUGGAGUUUUCAUUAUAUAAAACGGUUGUUGGAGACAUUGUUCGUACAUCGGUUCAGCAACGCAACUAUGCCUCUAAUGAACAUUUUUAAGAACUGUGGGUACUACUGGGGAUUUGCGGCGUUUAUAAGUUACUUCGUGAAUCAUCCUGCAUAUACCCCGCCGACUUUAGGCGGAUUUCAAACGUUUUUUGGUUUGGGCGGUUUUCUGUUGGCUGAGAUUGGAAAUUUUUCCGUACAUCUGCUACUCAGAGAUUUACGUCCUCCUGGCACAAAAGAACGCAAGAUUCCUCUACCAAAUUCCAAUGCAUUAACCAAACUAUUUGACUAUGUUAGUUGCCCAAAUUACACUUAUGAAGUAUUCGCUUGGUUUUCCUUCGCAGUAAUGACCCAGUCUCUUCCAGCGCUAAUGUUCACUGUCGCAGGGUUUGUUCAAAUGGCGAUAUGGGCAAAGAAUAAGCACAGGAACUACCUGAAACAGUUUCCUGCCUAUCCAAAGGGAAGGAAGGCGAUUGUGCCAUUUCUUCUUUAA